UUUAUAGAGUUGCGGCACGUGCAAGCGCAGCGGGAUCAACAAGAAGAGAAACAAUUAGACGUACCCAAAGUAUGAAAAGUACACCAAAAUCACCAACAGAAAUGGAUGUGGGAAUAACAAGAACUACAAGUUCAUCAACAGAACGGAACCCAAAGAAAAAAAAGAAAAAGAAAAAAGGAUUUCUCGAAUUUGGCCCUUUACGUUUUAUUUCUUCGCCAAAAGAUGAAGGUAAACGUUUAAGACCAACAUCCCUUCAAAGACAAGAUACUAUUGGAAUACAAAAGCCCGGACUUAGAGCUAUGCUUUAUGGAUUGACUUUAAAAAUGGAAAAAGAAGAAAAAUUACAAAAGAAAUUGACAAGAAAAAGAGAAGGUAAUUUAUAG